UGGACAAAACCAUGCCAGAGUGGAUCAACGAAUCCUUCCUAAAAGCUAUUCUUCAAGGAGGAGAAGGUCAGGAGAACAAUGUAUCAAUCAUCAAGUUCUCCGUCAGCCCAGCCGUCACUCCCGGUAACAACUUCUUCAGUUGCAUCUACAGGGUCCAAAUACAGUAUACAGUCAGCAACUCACAAUCUGUGCGCGCAUUGUCACUCAUCGUGAAGAGCCCAAUCACAGAAGGAUACUUUGCUACGUUAUCUAAGAAAGGAAACUACUUUGAGAAAGAAAUGAAAGUGUACAAUGAAUUACUUCCAAGACUUAAUGAUAAGUUGAAGUUCGAAUUUGCUCCAAAGCCAUUUAAAGGCCCGAAUGAUAGUGACCUAGUACUUAAAGAUCUCCUGGAAGAUGGUUAUAAAGUAAUGGAUAAGUAUAAAAGGCUUGAUUUCUCGUACUCUAAAAGUGUGAUGGUCAACCUAGCGAAGUUUCAUGCUGCCUCUGUGUCCUUGCAUCAUGAGGACCCGACUUGUGUCGAGGACGUCGGGAAGGAGGCUGCAAUUAACGAAAACACGAUUAAUGAUGAGAAACCUAUAUUGGAGUAUUGUGUAAAAGCUGUUGCAAGGAUCGCGAGAGAAACUUAUGGACAUGAAGAUCUUUCUGAGUUCCUCCUCAGCAAACUCGAGAACCUUUGGGAGUCCAUUGUUAAAAUUUACAGCCACAAAGAUGGACAACUGAAAGUACUAAACCAUGGAGAUAUGUGGAUCAAUAAUAUCCUGUUCAAAACUGGCGAUUUAGGAGAAGUGGCCGAUGUAAAGUUCAUAGACUUUCAACUCUCAAGGUACGGUUCCCCAGUGCUCGAUCUUCUUUACUUUUUCUGGACCAGUGCUGAUCAAGAAGUCAGGGAAAUGCAAGCUCCAAGACCUUUGCAAAAUUUAUCUUCAGACAUUGAACAGUUCAUUGAAGGAUCUCGGCUGUGUGGAGAGAUUGACUUUAGAAGAACUCAAUCACUGUUUCAAGUCAGCCAGUGA